AUGGCCUCUCUUUCAUACCGUUUCUGCUUGAGGCAGCUACCCAGAAACGUCACAUUAGCAGCCAAGCGACAAUUUAGUGCGACCAGUCAAUCCAAUGCCGAAAUCAAGAAGCUCGGUGUCAUUGGUAUUGCUCUGGUUGCUGCUCUGAGGGCCAAGGUACCAGUGACGUUGGUCGACAACUCUCAGGCUUCAAUCGAAAAGGGACUCAAAUUUGCGGACAAGCUGUUAGCAAAGGACGUCUCCAAGCAAAGAAUCACUCAGGACGAUGCAGAUGCUGCUAGACAACGUCUGACGCCUGCAAAUGACAUGGGUGCUUUGUCAGACGUCGACAUGGUUAUUGAAGCUGUACCCGAGAUCAUCGACCUCAAGACCUCCAUCUUCUCACAAUUGGCAAAACUGGCUCCAUCCCAUGCCAUCCUCGCUACCAACACUUCUUCCAUUAGCAUCACCAAGAUCGCUGCUGCCACCACAGCCGAUCCCACAGAUCUAUCUGCCGCAUCCAGGGUCGUUUCAACCCACUUCAUGAAUCCUGUGCCCGUCCAGAAGGGUGUCGAGAUCAUCACUGGCCUUCAAACUUCUCAGGAAACUCUUGCCACAGCUGUCAACUUCUGCAAACGUAUGGGCAAGAUUCCCUCUGUCAGCCAAGACAGCCCGGGUUUCCUUGCCAACCGCAUUCUCAUGCCGUACAUCAACGAGGCUGUCAUCUGUCUUGAGACAGGAGUCGGUUCCAAGGAGGACAUUGACGCCAUCAUGAAGAACGGCACAAACGUGCCCAUGGGCCCUCUGCAGCUUGCAGACUUUAUUGGACUCGACACAUGUCUGGCCAUCAUGCGCGUCUUGCAUGAGGAGCUUGGCGACUCGAAAUACAGACCUUCUGUUCUAUUGACCAAGAUGGUCGAUGCUGGCUGGCUAGGCAAGAAAUCUGGAAAGGGUUUCUAUGACUAUUAG